AUGUCUACUUCCACGAACAAGGACCGCAACUUUCUUGCCGUUAUCGGUGACGAGGACUCUGUCACUGGUCUCUUGCUUGCCGGUAUUGGCCACGUCAACCAACAGCAAAAGCGUAACUUCCUCGUUGUCGAUGCCAAAACCCCUCUUGCCACCAUUGAGGAAACCUUUUCCGAGUUUACCCGUCGAAAGGACAUUGCCAUCAUUCUAAUCAACCAACACAUUGCAGAAGACAUUCGCGAGUUGAUUGAUAGCCAUCAAGCAGCCUUCCCAACCGUUCUCGAGAUACCCUCCAAAGACCACCCUUACGAUCCCGAAAAGGACAGCGUGCUCAAGCGUGUCAGACGAUUGUUUGGUGAAUAA